AUGGCUUCUUUCAUGGAGGAGCUAUGGUCCAGCAUCUUCGUCCCAGGCCCCACCCGGACUUUGCUGAUCGCGACCAACGCAACCUUCGCUGCCCUCCAGCUUGUCCUCUUCGUGCUGGGGAUGGUCACUUACAGUAUUCACUUUGUCGUCCUCUCAGUGCUGUCGGCAGGGCUGUGGUAUUCAAUCAACUGGUUUGCCCGCGAGGUGCGCCUAGCGCAGGCGGCUCAAGAGGCCGAAAAGGCGAAACAGGAAGAACGGGCGGCUAUCGCUGCCGCCAGGAAGAAGGAUAUCGGACCGGUCGAGAGCGGAGACAGUGAGACGGAGACGGAGACAGAGACCCUCGCUCAGGCCACAGCGUUGCCCACAUCGCAUGCAUCGUCCGUCAUGGCUACAGGGAGUGAGAUGGCCUCGGACAGACUGCAACCUCCGCAGCGGGACACCAAACAGCGGCUGAACACGGGGGGUGAUAGCUCUGGGUAUGGCAGCACCGAUAGCGAGUGGGAAAAAGUGGACGACAACAAGACGCGAUAG